GGGCCGCGCAGGCGCAGAGGCCCCCGCCGCCCCUGACCACCCGUGUGCUGCACGUGUGAGGGGCGCGGGGCCCGCUAGGGCCGGCGUUCCCGGUGAGGUCCGGGGAGCGGCUAUCCCGGGUGGCCCCGGUCCCCGCCGUUCUUACCUGUGCCUGGAGGUGACUUGAAGGGCAGGGCAGAGAGGCCGGAACUGCGGGCCUGUGGUGCACCUGCAGAACGGUCCUGCCCGAAAGGCUGGCCGCUGCACCGGGUCGGGCUCCGGGGGACGGCGGGAGCACGGCCACGCCCCCGGCGACGGGGAAGGCUCCCAGAGGGCUCGGCCAGGCCCCAUGGACCCCCUGCCCCUGGGGUUCCUGGGCGCCAAGGGACUUGGAAUCAGGCUUGACCUCGGGUGACCUGCCAUCCUUGCAGUAGCAGCGUUAGUGACCGAGUUCACCCUUCAGCAAUCGGCCCGAUUGUCAUUUAAUGGUGCAGAAAAUGAUAAUAUAGAAUAUAUAUGUAAUAUAUAAUGAUAAUAGCUUCCGUUUAUGUACUACUUUAUGGGUGACGAAGUUUAUACAUUCAUCAUCCUGUUAUAUAGGCCUCUCCUCUAUUUACUGGAAACUGAGGUGCAGGCAGAGUGCCCAGAGGUUCCAACAGAGUCAACUCAGAACUAUUCACACCUUCACUUGGAUGUUCUUUGCCCUGCACAGCUCUAUUUCAGAAUCCUGAUACAUGUUAUAUAUAGAUCGCAUCAUUUCUCCCAUGGAGCAGUAAACCAGGAUAAUGAUGGAAUCAUAGGUGUUCUUUCUAAAGUUGGGGACGGUGGCCCUGGUGCUGUUGUCCUCCUGCGCUCUUUCCUCAUGUCUCCCUUUCCUCUGGUAAACUCUCUUCUGCAGGACCAGCUCUCUCCUCGACCUCUACCAUUCCCCCCGCUCUGGCCCCACUCCACUCCACCGACUUCUCCAUCUUUUCCUCCUCACCGGUCACUACCACCCUCACAUCCUCCUACCCACCAUCUUCCCCAGGCUCCUCCACCACCUCUCUCUCAGGCCCAGGCUCUCAACUCAUUGAGUAUGGUUCUUCCUCCGAGAAAGAGGGAGAAGGGACCAGGACCGGAACUACACAGUGGUUGCCUGGAUGGGCUUAGGAGCCUUUUUGAGGGACCGCCUUGCCCCUAUCCUGGGGCUGUGAUACCUUUCCAAGCCCCUGGACCUUCCCACUCUUCCCCCACCACUCCAUCAGGAGAUGAGAGUAUGGAGGAACACCUGGCUGUCAUGCAUGAGAGACUAAGACAAGAGCUUCCCACCCUCUUCCUUCGCUCCCAUGACUACACUAUAUAUUCAAUGGAUGUGGAAUUCAUCAAUGAGAUCCUGAACAUUCGUACCAAGGGCCGGACAUUUUAUGUUAUGUCCCUGACCCUUUGCCGCUUCCUGGUUUGGAACUAUUUUGCACAGUUUCGGUUGGAGAUUUUACAGCUGACCCGCCACCCUGAGAACUGGACCCUGCAAGCCCGCUGGCGUCUAAUAGGUCUGCCCAUACAUAUGCUCUUCCUGCGUUUCUACAGGCGUGAUAAAGAGGAUCUUUACCGGACCUUCGAUGCCUUUUCCACCUUCUACCUGAAUUCCAGUGGCCUCAUCUGUCGCCAUCACCUGGACAAGCUGAUGCCUUCACACUCACCGUCGACGCCUGUGAAAAAGCUGCUGGUGGGAGCCCUGGUGGCCCUGGGGCUGUCAGAACCAGAGCCCAGCUUACACCUGUGCUCCAAGGCCUGAUGCAGACGUGGGUGAAAGGCUGCACUGAGGACUGCUACGCACAAAAGGAGGUGGGGGUGGACGAGAAUGUCCAGAGCCAGCCGCCACCCUCCACUCUCCUUCCUUCUUUCCAUCAUGCUGGGUAAAGCUGCUGUGUAAUUUAACUUGUAAAUAAUAAAGUUUAAGCAA